GAUACGUUUAAUUGAUCACGUUUCGAUUGUAAUCACUUAUGAUUGUCACAAAAAAAAGUUUAAAGUUUUUUUUUUGUUUUUCUGACAUCUAUUUUCUUAAAUUUUAAGCUGUCAUUCUGUUUGAAAUGGCCAUCGAAAAUAAUAUAAUAGUAUUGGCAUUGCUGAUUGGAGCAAUUAUUUUGGCUAUCGCCAUUUAUUUUUUCUUUAGAUUUAUGAAGUCCAGUGAUAAAAAAUUAAAAUUAUUGAUUGAUCCUAAAACUAAAAAUUCGAUUGUUUUGAUUGAUCGAGAAAAUCUAUCCGAAGAUAGUAGAAAAUUUCGAUUCGGUUUACCAAGUGUCAAUCAUAUACUUGGUCUACCUGUUGGUCAACAUGUCAAAAUAUCGACCACAUUGGAUGGAAAUAUUGUAUCGCGAUCAUAUACUCCAGUAACAAGUGAUGAUGAUCAUGGUUUUCUGGAAUUUAUUAUCAAAAUUUAUUUUGCUAAUGUUCAUCCUAAAUUUCCUAAUGGAGGUAAAAUGACACAAUAUUUGGAAUGUAUGAAAAUUGGCGAUAUGAUCAAUAUUUCUGGUCCGUAUGGAAAUUUAAUAUAUGAAGGAAAGGGAAAAUUUUUAAUCAAAGAAACUUAUGGAUCACCAUUUGUAUCGCGAAUAUAUUCAAAAGUUGGAAUGAUUGCUGGUGGCACAGGUAUCGCUCCAAUGUUGCAAAUUAUUCGACAUGUGUUUAAAAAUCCGGGAGAUCCAUUACAAAUUUGGUUACUGUAUGCUAAUCGUUUGGAAAAGGAUAUUUUAAUGCGUCAAGAAUUGGAAAACAUUAAUAAUGGAUAUUCAGAUCGCUUUCGACUUUGGUAUACGUUGGAUCAAUCAUCGAAUAAUGAUUGGUCAUACAGUGUUGGUUAUAUUAAUGAUCAAAUGAUAUCUGAACAUUUACCAUCUCCAGGAGAUGAUACUCUAAUUUUGAUGUGUGGUCCACCUGAAAUGAUAAAACAAGCUUUAGUGCCAAAUCUUGAUAAACUUGGCUAUUCAGCCAAGCAUCGAUUUAUUUACUAAAUUUGUUUGCCUGAAUAAAAAGAAUAUGAAUUUUUACUAUGAAUAAUAUUUAC